GUGGAGUACAGUAAAUUCAGUCUUAGCUUGAAAACUUUGGAUGGUAAACCAUUCACUGCUCUUAAAGUUAUUCCAGUAGAAUCAGUAAUAGAAACAACUAUAGCUCUGAGUGUUAAUAAUCCUGAUGAACUUGAUUAUGAAAAGGAAAAACAAAUGACAUUUAAGAUUGUUGCUGAAGAUAAAGCUUCAUCUAAAGCCAGUGAAGCUAAUGUUACUCUAGAAAUAUUGCCUGUGGAUGAAUUUCUUCCCCAAUUUUCUCAGCAAAAAUAUCAAGUAAAUGUCUCUGAAGAUAAAACUGUUGGUAAUCUGAUCACCAUAACUGCUACUGAUGAUGAUUCAGGCAAAGAUGGAGAAGUGACAUAUGCAAUAUUUGGAGACAAUAGUUUCACUAUAGACAGCAAAAGCGGUACUAUAUCAGUCUCAAAGAAGCUGGAUUAUGAAAAAGUAACUUUUUAUAGUUUACUUGUUGAAGCCACUGAUGGAGGUAAUCGAAAAGCGACUGUUGAUUUAGAUGUUUUUGUGAAGGGCAUUAAUGAUAAUGCCCCUAUAUUCAGACCAAAAUUCUAUACUGGACUUCUGAAAGAGGGCAAAACCAGUUUUGAGUAUGAAAUCACUGUUCAAGCAACUGAUGCUGAUAAAGAGAAUUCAGGUAAUUCUCAAGUAAAAUAUUCAAUAGUAAAUGCUAGUCAAGUCCUUUCAAACAGUUUUUCCAUAAAUGCACAAAAUGGAAUUAUUACUCCAUCAAAUAUAGAUUAUGAAAGCCUGACUGAUAAUGUCAUCCAGUUAGUAGUCAAAGCUGAAGAUAAUGGUAAACCAGUCAAGGAAGAUACUGCUGUUGUUAAUAUCACUGUAUUGCGACCUGAAUCACCUGGAGCUGCCAACAGCAAUGAAAAGAAUUUCACAAGUAUUACUACAGUCACUGUGGUGUUGGUUUUCAUAUUCAUCAUUACGAUGCUUCUGUCUCAUGCAGAUAAUCAGAGAUAUUCCAGGGAAUUAAGAGCAGCUAAAACCACUAAAAAACAAUCAAUUGGUAAAAGUGAAGAUGUAUAUCCUGGAACCAAUUUAUUUUCAGAUGGACAGAUUAAUCCAUUAUACAACAAUUUGGAUGAAAAUGACAUGGGUGGUCCCUUACCAGAGAAAGAGAGUUUGAACUCUGACAUUAACAAUGAUUUUGAUGGUAUGUAUCAUAAAAAUAUCAACGCUGCACCAAAAACUCUUUACAACUUUGAUGAUGACACAACAUAUUCAAUACAAGCAGACAACUCCAAAUCAGAUUUGGACAGUGUUAUCAAAGAACGUGAUGCAGAAAUGAACAAGAUAAACAAUGAUUCUACAGUUCUUUAUGGUAAUUCAGAUCAUGAAUCAGAUGUUGAAGCUACUGAAGUAUAACAAGCUAAAUAUUAUAUUUACUUGUGAAUGUAAAAGAAAAUUAAUAAAUCCUAUCAAUAGUUAA